AUGCCUUUGUGGCAAUCCCUUGGCCUGUCUAUUGAACUUGUGGAAGUUGACUACGACGCUGGAGAAGAUGGCCCCAACUUAUACUUUGAAGUAGAGCAUCCCGACAAAUCAGCCGCACUGUUAUCUCCCACGCAUGUCCGUACAAGCAAUAUUGAAGGUGUUUCAUAUGUAUUCAGUUACUACUCUUCUGGUCAUUCCUCUCAGUCGGAGCAACGCAGAUCGUCAAGAUUGUCAGGCACUGAACGCCAUUUCUCGCCAUCUACUCAUGAGCUGAUAAGAAACCAAAGUUAUGGCGAUAAUUUUAUACCUGCUUGGGGUAUUGACGAGAGAGGUAUGGACGUAGCAGCCGCUGAAGAUUUUCGUCAACGUCGCCAGAGAACCAUUGAUCUAGCCGCCGCUGCUUUGCACAAGGUCAUCGGCAUCAGAACAGUGGUCCCUGGCACUCAACAGGUUAUUAAUCCAAUGACUGCGUCAUUGCUUCGGUUGGCCCCAAGCGUGUGGAACGCCUAUUACGAACAGAGGAUCGUUGCCUACGCUAGGAACUUCCCGAUCAUAUCUUCCAUCGUUUCAUCUGCCCACGGUUGGCAGUCUGCUUCCCUUGUCCGAAAAGUUGCAGAGCUACUGAAAAAUGACCAGCCUCAUCCCAUUGACACGAAUCUCAACGAUGGAAACGAUGAAUUUCAACACACGAUUCAGUCAUCAGUGAACCGGAUACUCUGGAAGUUAUUACGGACAAGGCUGAAAGUCACAACUGGUACACAAACAGCCGGGAGAAUUAUGGACCAGGAUUCUCGAACAGCCAUGUUUGAAGACUUCGACAUACACCUUUUCGCAAAUGAAAGAGAAGAGCUGUGCAAUGACAAAUGCUACGACUACGUCGACGUUGUUAAUAGCAACGGACGAGAAGAGUUCGAUGAAGAAUAUGGCUACAAAGCCGAUUGCACAGACGAAAACAACGACUACAUUGGUAGCUAUGUCGACGAAGGUGGUACCUAUGAACAAGACGAACAAUUUGAUCCAAGCCAUGUCUAUGAUGAUCACUAUUUUGAUGAGGCUGAGGUAGAAGAACAUUACCCCGAUGAGGAUUUGGAAUAUGAUUUGCCGCCAAUACACACAUAUCGAGAUCAUCAAGAGCCUCACAUUAAUGUCAGAACAGGCGACUCUAUAGCUGUGAUGCGGGAGGAAGAGUACUCUGCACAGUCCACGGUCUACGAGGGUUGGGAGAACAGGACACAACACAUCGAAUCAGAUGCAACCCUGCUGGCGUUCGACAGCGACGCGACCAUGCAGCUACGAGACCAAUAUGAUGAUUCGAUCAUGUCAGAUUUGAUACCGCACAACCUUAACCUCCCUCAACAACUCUCAGACAACGAUUUCCAUGCUGGCGAACAUAUUUGUCAAUCAAAUUAUACUACCCCUGACGACGAAUCCCUAUAUGAUGAAGUACACAAUGAUUGGAUUAGCAACCAAUUUCACAAUCAUAAUCAUGAGGACCUGGAUUGUGAGCAUCCAAUAGAGUAUUGUGCGGCAGAAACUCAGGCACAAGCAGAAUUCCCGCAAGCUUUUCAGGGGUCAGAUUUAGUCACUGGGUACCGAGGCGUCAUCUGGCAGGGCGCCCCAGGUUGA